CAUAAACAAGGGAGUGGACGGUGAUGCUUGCCGAGUAAUGGCGUCGUCUACUUGAACGGGAUGGAUGACCCAGACACAGAUAUGAAACUGGAAGGUGGGGGGGAGACAGGAGGGGGGUUACAAUAUGACCCUCUUUUAGUGCCCACAGCAGUACUUCUCUCGCGAAGGGAAGUGCCAACCAGGUAUCCAAGGGCAACUAUUAAUCAGCUACAUCGUGUGACGGAGGAGACUUUGGUGUUUCGCCAGCAUUCUCAACUUUCAUGUCAGCUGCCUGGUGCACCAAAGUCUACAUUCUUGAUGGUGUUUAGUCCUGAUGGAUCAAAAGUUGCUUCAACGCAUGGAGAUCAUAACAUUUAUGUGACUGAAGUGAAGACUGGUCAUUGCAUAUGUACCUUGGAGGGUCAUCCCAGAACCCCCUGGUGUGUUGCCUUCCAUCCUGCAUCUAAUGAGAUCAUAGCUUCUGGCUGCCUUGGGGGAGAAGUCAGGGUGUGGGAUCUCAAGGGUGGCAGUGAAGUGUGGACCACAGAGAAGAACACAGUCAUUGCCUCCCUGGCAUUUCAUCCAACAGACCAGGUCCUUGUUAUUGCAACAUUCAAUGAAAUCUACUUUUGGGACUGGUUUCAACCACAGCCUUUUGCAAAAAUAUGUACUGCAGAUGAUAAAGAGAAAGUAAGGUAUGUGAAGUUUGACCCUCUUGGACACAAAUUGAUUACUGGCAUUGCCAACUCUCAUCAUGAUCGAUCAGCCCAAGGUUCCUGCAGACUUGGGGGAUCAACGGGUGCACCAUUUCUCUCUCAGUCAGAGCUAGCGGAGAGAGAGCAGCAACUCUCCCACCGUUACAAUCAGUUGUCAAAUCAGUAUCUCAACCUAAUGUCAAGAUAUGAGGCUCUUACCAGCAGAGCCCUCAGCAAUGUGACUCGAGCAGCAAGCAGAAUUGAUAGAGGUACAGAUCCUAUAGAACCACCACCAGCAACCUUAGGGCAACAGGCACUUCUAAAUCAAGCACGUCAGUUUGCUCGGCAAGUAACUGAAGAAAGAAGAGGAACCACACAGAAUCAGGAUUCAUCUCAUGGUGAGAAUUCAAGAAGUCGGUCAUCUUGGGCUCCAGACAUUCAGGGAGGUCGUGAUUCUCAAGCUUCCAAUGAACUGAAUCUGAGAUUGGAAGAGGAUUAUGGCUUGAGUGCUGUUCGGACUUUGCGGCAAAUUAUUAGUGAUGACAGUGCUUCUUCAUCCAGUCUUGAUUCUAGUUCAUCAGCCACCAGCGGAGCAAGUGGUGUGUCUGAGAGAAAUACUCGCCUUUCAUUGUUGUGGGCUUCAAGGCUUCAUCGACCUGGUCAAGAUUCUGACAGUGCUGGAGAGGCAUCCAGUGUGAACAGUUUGGGAGAUACUGGUGCACCGGGUGGAUCUGGGGACCAUAGGGCACCAGUGGCAAGUGAUGAAGCAGUGUCUGGGACAAGAAGAAAUGACAGUAGUAAUAGCGAACGGAGAAAUUAUCGCGGAACAGAAGAAAGAGCUAGUGAUGAUGAAGAUACAAUAAAUAAUGGGAUACCCAGUCUGCGGUCCAUUGGAUCUCAGUCAGAGCGUGCUGGAUUACAUGUGGAGUACUUCCCAGUUAUUCACGGUGGACGUUACAUAUUAGCACACACCAGAAAUGAAGUAGGUUUAAGAAGUACUUUUCAAAAUAUUGAAGUGGAUAGUGAUAAUGGUGGUGGUGGUGUAGGCAUUAGACGUGAGGGCACCCACGAUACUGGUGCUCAGGAGAGUGCAAGAAAUAGUGAAAUACGCCCAAGUGAAUUAGGUGCAACCCAAGCAAAUGUGGUAAGAGACUCGCAGUUGAGGGAGGUGGACCCAGCAAGAACUGAUGUCCCUUGUGAGUCCCAAAAUAACCAAAGAGACCCAGUUUUGCCUCCCAUUCCUUUGAUAUCGUCCAUUUCACAAGCCCCCCACAGUGACCCUAAUGAGGAUCUUGCAGUUCCUGGACCUUCAGGACUUUCAGGAGUGUCUCAGUCUCGGAUGUCUUCCCUCACAUCCACAUCACGCUUCCAAACGUCCUCCACGCUUGAUCCACAGUUUGGAGUUCAGCUCCUUAGUCGGCAUAUUGAAAAUAUGCAGAGAAUAUGCAGAGCACACCUGGAAAUUACUCGGCAUAGACAUGAAAUUAUGCGAUUACAGCAAAUUCGAUCAAUGCUGUAUGACAUACAGAACCAAAUCCAUUCCUUACGCAUGUCAGUGGACCAGUCUGUCGAAGAUCUUAGUGGACCUCUUCCAGAAAUUAAUACCUCAGCCAACCACAGGAGUGGAGGUGAUGAUGAUCCCCAGGUGCCUGUCUGCCUAGGACCUAGUGUCAGCCCACAAUCUUUGCCACUGAUUCGCCAUUGGUCCCGAACUAGUCCUAGAACAGUUGCACGACUGCAGAGGGGGCCUUUUGGUAUGAGGGCACGAUCGAGACAUUCUCAUAGGUCAUGUAUGAUGUCACCCAGUAUUUUUCGCCGAAUUCCUCGACGUCGUUCCAUACGAACGCGUCUUCACCUUCCAGAGUUAUCUACACCUCUGCAAGGAACUAAUAGUACCACGGGAACAACAGCAGGAGGAAGAUUGUCAUCAGCAAGAAAUUUAGGGGAGUCCAGGGCUGCCACUGUAACCACUGGGGCUGGAGCUGUGAUUGGCCCGCUCCCAACACCACCACCUGACCAAGGGCACUCGGAAGAACAGCCAAGAGAUAUUGUGCGAAUUGUGUCUCGCAAUCAGUGCCUCACACAAACACGAAAUGUAAGAUGGUGUCAGGGUUUUUAUAGGUGAAUUAUAUUAAGGUUG